CUUCUUCAAUGUAUCGGAAAAAAACCCGAAAAGAAUUUAGAUCAGACAUUAUUGACUCCGUGACUCUUCUCUUAGGUUUAAGGUUAGAACAAUACAUUAAAAGUUUGGUCCUUUUUCUAAUCUACUGAAACCCACCAGCUAGCUAUGAUCAUAAUGUACGAUGUUUCGAAUUGAUCACUGUUUUCACCUAAGAAGAUAUGAUGAGACCCUUAAAGACUCGUCUCUCUAUACCUGAUCGUUUAGAGUGAAGUUUCUUUAGAUUGGUCAACCAGGGAUGUGUGAUUUUAAGUGUUAAACUGCUGAUACCACCUUCCUAUGAACUUUAUCUCUUUGAAAGAUACUACUUUUGAAAUAUUAAAUCCAGCUGCCAACUUAAUUGUACCGCUCAAAAUGAGUAUAGAUGGCUUUACUGCCUUUCAUUGUAGUUCAUAUGGUAAUUAAAGGAAUGUAACUAUAUUUCUGUUGCUGCAGUUCUCUGUUGCGUGGGUGCUCUUGCUAUCACCGGUAAUCUCCAUCAUGUUGAUAAGGACUUGCUUGGAUGAUAGUUAUGUGAAAGACAAGACGAGUCUGGAGGUUUAAAUGGACGGCCUAGGAAAGAGCCUGAUCUUAAUCAUGAUCGAUAGAGUUCACUGUAUCGAGAAAGCAAAGCUUGUCAAGUUCAUCUUGGACUCUCAGGACAUGGAUAACGGAGGCAUCUCAGAUAGACCCGAAGAUGCUGUUGAUAUCUUCCACACCUACUUUGGAGUUGCGGGGCUCUUUCUUCUGGAGUAUCCUGGAGUCAAAUCAAUUGAUCCUGCCUACGCUUUACCUGUCCAUGUCAUCAACCGGAUUCCCUUCUCCUAGUGAUUCUUUCAUCAGAAUUCAGAUGUAGGGUAGUAGCCUAGUAGGCAUUAGAUAUAGAUCAAUUUUGGGUUUGGUUUCCGGUUCUAAUAUUCUGGGUCAGUUAGAGUCAAGCAUAUGCUGCAAUAUCUUUACUAUUCAUUGUAAUCAAAAAGCCAUUUACAAUCUCAAACCUCUCCCAUGAAUAGGGGUUUACAAUACACCAGUGUUUCCUCUCU